UCGUCCCCUCAUCCUGUUCGCUGCAGAUUACCUCAUUCCCAUCCGCACAGUCAUGUCUAUUUUCCCUCCAUGCUUUUUUACUCACUGCCUUUCAACAUUCAUGUUGCUCUCAUUCAUAGUGCUGGGAUCUGCGGAAUCCUCAGUUAAAUACCUGCGUUGUGCUUUUUCCAUGGCUUGAAAGGGAGACACUGCAAGAGGACAUUGCUUGAAGCUGGGACUUCUGCUGGAAUUCCAGGUUUUCUUGAGUGGAUUGACUGACAGAACCAGAGAAGCAAGACUAUGUUGAACUCCAUCGCUUUGCAACUUGAAGGAACUCUUACGAUCCAUGCAAGCGUGAUCACAUUUCCACCUAGGAGAUGAUGCUUGCAUUCCCUCAGAAUUCCUCCAGAGAAUAUGAAAAGAUAAUUCAGUGGAAUGUAUCAAAGACAUUUCGGCAGAGUCCCGUACCACUGGCUAACCUAUGGGAUUGCUAAGGAGUGAAAGUGAGUGGAGCACUGAGUUAUUCAGCUGGCCUCUCAUUUUUCUUGGAGAGUCCUUUCACCUGCCUUCAUGAGUGGCAUCAGACACUGGCUCAUUGGCUAUUGUCUAUCGGUAACUUGCAGUCCACAACACUGAGAGAUGAGUUCAGGCUGUUGGGAUUCACUUUUGAAUCCCAGGCAAAUCGCUAUGUUUUUCUGGAUCAUGGUUUCCCUCAGUUCAGUGUGACCUGCUAGAGCUAUGGCAUUAUCAUUUGCAGAGAUCCUAUGUUUUGCUAAGCAGUGUCUGUGUUUUGAUUCAGACAAUAGCCUGUCAACGAUGGGCUCCAGACACUGACCAGAGGACUUACAAAAUAUCGAGGCUUCCAGCUAGAAAGUAAACGCCACAACCGUGAUACAUGUUCACUAUUUUUUGUCAUGUAUUCUCUUGACUUUGUACACUUAAAGGCAGCCGCGACUGCUUGCAGCCUCCUGGUGCCCUCCCUCAUUAAACACUGACAGCCAAAGCAACUUUUCUCUGAUGCUGUGCCACCUAUUCUUUUCGAAUAUGGAAUAAUUGGAAGUUUUCAUUUUUUCAUUUUUUUUUUUCUGACGGUAACCCACCCUCUGUUUUCACCAACUAUACCUGGUAGGACAAGGAUAACUGACCAGGACGUCUUACACUCUAUCGAUCUUUCUACUGUCAAUGUUCAUUUGACUGAAACAGAGCUCUGUUUAAGUGAGGCAAUCUGGAGUAUAUGUGCCGGUGGUAUUAUUGUGCAAUGCAGUACCACCCUGUUUUUUUUGGGUGUGGAGACUGCCACGGAAAACAUGAAUCAGACUGAAUUCACAACAGAACUUAUGAGUACUUUGAACAACAGCAGUAGCAGCAGCGAUGAGGCUUUCACCGGGAGGACUGCUAACCACUCUUGUCCAUUGGGGUGGGGACUGAAUCAAGGGCUGGAGCCUUGUGUACUGGAGACUGCAGUCAUCGUUCUUUUGACAGUACUGAUUAUUGCUGGAAAUCUGACGGUAAUCGUAGUUUUUCAUUGUGCCCCCCUGCUUCACCACUACACCACAAGCUAUUUUAUCCAGACCAUGGCCUAUGCUGACUUACUGGUGGGUCUGAGCUGCCUGGUUCCCACCCUGUCAUUGCUGCACUGUCCUGCUGGAGUACAGGAGCCAAUAACAUGUCAGGUGUUUAGCUAUGUAAUAUCUGUCCUUAAAAGUGUUUCAAUGGCUUGCCUUGCCUGCAUCAGUGUGGAUCGCUACUUGGCUAUAACAAAACCGUUAUCUUACAACCAGCUGGUGACACCAUGCCGAUUACGAGGAUGCAUCAUGCUCAUCUGGAUCUACUCUAGUCUGGUUUUCUUGCCUUCCUUCUUUGGUUGGGGCAAACCUGGCUACCAUGGAGACAUAUUUGUGUGGUGUGCACACUCGUGGCCCACGUCUGCCCUCUUCACAGGAUUUGUUGUAUGUCUGCUCUAUGCACCAGCGGCCCUAGUUGUGUGUUUUACCUACUAUCACAUCUUCCGAAUUUGCCAGCAGCACAACAGGGAGAUAAGUGAAAGACGGGCACGUUUUCCUAGCCCAGAGAUGGAGACUGGUGAAGGUGGGAAUCCUACCGGACAUGGACCUGAUCGUCGAUAUGCCAUGGUGCUGUUCCGUAUCACCAGUGUUUUCUACAUGUUGUGGCUCCCCUACAUAAUCUACUUCCUAUUGGAGAGCUCACAGGUCCUGGACAGCCCAGCCCUGAGCUUCAUCACAACCUGGCUUGCCAUUAGCAAUAGUUUUUGUAACUGUGUUAUCUACAGUUUGUCCAACAGUGUGUUCCGUCUGGGCAUGCGGCGGCUCUCACAGACACUGUGCUCCUUCAGCCACUGCACAGUGGAUGACAGAGAGUUUGGGGAGCCUAAAACCAGAAAGAGGGCAAACUCAUGUGCCAUUUGAGGAAUCACUUUUUGAGUGCUGCUUUUUGAACCUAAUAAAGUAGAUUCACAACAACUGUUAAAAACUGACAUGAUUCACUGACAUGAUUCAUCAAGGUCCAUUGUUUUAUCUUUUUAAUAAAUUAUCUAUAGAUGUGUGAUUGAGCAAUAGAUACUUAUAAUAAAUCCUGAGAAUGCAUAUAUUUUGCAUAUUUUCAUUUGGACACAUCAUGAUGGGAAGACCGAAUAAUGUACAGUAUAUUUGACUCAAAGAUCUCAGAAGAUUUUUGAUGUGGCCACACCACAUUCAUGGUCCUCAUAAUGGCUGGCAUCAGUCCAUAAUGUUUUCAAAAUUCUCAUUAUUGCUGAUAAAUUGUUGUGCUUGGCGUUGACUGUUCAGCUCAAUUUCUGCUCUCUAAGUUGAUGAUGAGCUUUUAAGUGUUGACUAGAGAGAUGUGUUGUCUUUUGUUAUGCAUAAGUGCGUUCUUUGUGACAAUUAUUUCUGUGAGCCAAGAUGCAAAGAUGGCAACAUUUUUUGAGAUGCAACUUUUUUCCAAUAUUAUAAUCUAAAUUUGCCCUCAUUGAAAAUGCAAACAUCCUUGAACUCAAUUCAUCCAGCUGUACGUAAUCUCCACGCACCAUUCUUCCUUCAUUCUCCAUAUAAUCUUGGAAUUUCAUCACUUCAUUUUGUUCAAGAAGCAAUAGCCUCGCUUAAUGUGAUUGCAUCAUUUGUCAGAUCUAUGAAGACACCUGAGCAAACCACAAUAUCCAUCUAGACCUUAUUAUGAGCAAAUGCAGUUGUUGAUCUACUUCAUACACACCCACAUGCUAUGAUAAUCUUGUUAUUUAGUCUUCACUUAUCUUGAAUGGGCUUGGUGAAGUUGGUGGAUUGUGAUGCAACACAGAUUUCAAUGAUGCCAUAAGUCUGGGUCUGUUGCUCUUCUAGAUGCUACAAUAUAAAUGCUACUGCUUUAAGCAGUGGUUAUUGUUUCAUGGCCAGUUUCCAAAAUGUUGAGUCAUCAACAAGACUCUAUUAUGCACUAAGUACUUGUUUAACUUUCUCACAGAUUAAUGAUAUGAUAUUACUGAGCCCUGUUUGCUUUUCUUCUCUUGCAAUCAGGAGAUAUGCCAUGAUUCCCACCAGUGCUGGAACAUUCCUGAUAUGAUUUUGUUAUGAGAGCAAUAUGAUGCAUGAGUGCCCUGGAAAGCCAUUUGGAACCAGCAAGUCAAUGUUAAGUCCUGUUGCACCAUGUUGGUCAAAUUUUGACGUCAGCAAAACAUUUAUGUGAGAUCUGAGAUUCACAUUGUCUGUCAUAUAAUUCCUUGAGAUGCUGCUGUGGCCAUCAAGGACAUGAUCCCAGUCUUUCAAACUCCUGUUUGAUUUUGAAAGGGUGUGGAAAGCCCCAGCUUGUUUUUUUGUAACUGUUGUUUUAUCAGUGGCUUUUGUGCACUGCCAUAUUUUGCUUUCAAUGACAAUGCAUCUUUAAGAAAUUAGACCUGUGAUGUUACUGAUUUAAUUGAAUUGAAUUGAUGGAUUGAGCUUUGUUUUUUUUUUUUUUUUUUUUUUUUAAUCCCUCAAAGACUCCAAAGUCCUAACUUCUUCACAAACUGUUAAAACAGCCUUUGGUCUCUCCCAGUGUUAACUUUUUUUUUAUUUAUGUGACAUUAAUUUAAAUAGGUUAGCGAUCUGUUUCCAAGCUCUGUUUUUGAAUAUGCUUCAUUGCUAAAAUAAUAUUAACCCUUAGUCAAAUUGUAAUUGAUGUUUUGCUUUCUGUCUGCUAGUCACAACACAUAAUUAUCUACGUUUCAGUGAAUUUAUGUCAAAGUCCAAAUAUAAACAUACUAAGCCCCACCAAGAGGAUUAAUAGACCAGCUUUUGUGGAUCGAGUAUGGUUUUAAAAAUAACUGGUUGACUUAAAAGAAUAUAUGUCAUUUGCAGUGUGAAACUUUUAAAGGGGGACACACACAUUACGGUAACCGUGCUGUUUUCGUCAUCAUUUUGCUCCUUUCCGGUCGAGAAUUCUUAACCCUUCAUUAUCUUGACUCCUAUAAAAUUAUCCUAUAAGAGAAUCAUUGUGUCUGCAGUGUGUUUCCUUUCAUCGUUUUCCUGCCAAUAAUGGCCAACUUUGCCCCAAAACGUCCCUUUAUGAACCAUGAACCUUUAUGAACAACCCGUGAUAUUUUCAUUUCUGGUCUUGUACUUUUGUGUCAAGGACAAUCAAACAGACAUCAUAAGCCUAAAAAAAAAAGUUCAAAUAAUAAGUGUUGGAGAUGACUCCAAACAUGACCUAGACAAGAUUUAU